GUUGCGGCGAACCUGGAAUUCAUUAAAAUAUCAUUAACGACGACCACCGAUGAGAUUGAGAACAAAAGCGACUUUUUCUCCUCAUAAAAACACUGAUUUCACCGGAUCUUUUUGAUACGAUUUGUAAAAAACAGUGACUUACUUAUAUUUAAAUCGAUAUUUCCAAUUAGCAACACGAGAAUCUUGAAACAUCCGCUCCAGAUGUCCCAUGUGAAGCGUGUACGGAAAGCAAUGCACUAGUUGACUGAUGAUGAAGGACAGCACCAUGGCAACGCCAGAGUCUACAGAAGAGAAGAGCAGCCCCUUCCAAAACAUGCAAACAGAGCUGCAUUCUAAAGGAGCCGUGCUGACCAAGGCGUGGUCAGAUCUAUUCAGUUUCAUCACAAAUUACCAGUGUGAGCUGACGGUCAAAGAAAAUGCUGUGGAAAUUGCUGAAAGAGAAAUUGAAGUGCGCAGAAAACAACUUGAGGAAAUGAAGCCAGCAAUGAACUGUGGUAACGAAGAGAUCGAGAAGUUACAAGAUGAGAUUCAGCUGAAGGAAAGUCGUUUAAAACUUUCACAAUCAGAACUUUCAGCAAGAGAGCAAAUGUUGAAGCAAUUGCAAUUGGAUUUGAGUUGCAACAGAGAACUUUCAGAGAAGUUGAGAUGUGAACUUUUAGAAAAGCAAUCAGAACUGAUGCGAAAUUGUAGUGAUUUAGAACAAUUGAAAUCUGAAUUGGUUAUCAAACAAGAACAGAUUCAGAUUAAGGACAAUUUAUUAAAAAAGAUGCAGUCUGAGAUGAUGAGGGAGAAUGCUGAGUUAAAGGAGCAGUUGGAGCUGGAGAGACGGACUCUUGAAUUGGAGCGAAGAUCACAUGAACAAACAAAGCGGAUUCUAAGUGAAAACAGAGGAAAAUCGAAAUCGUAUGGUGCUGGUCCAUCUCAGAGUGUGAUUGAGAUACCUGAUUCUCCACCAACGUUAGAUCUGUCUGUUGAACAAUCAAAUUACGGACUUGCAAACAUUAUCUCAAUGACAGAGGCACAAACGAGCCGCUCACAGUCAAUGGAGGACAUUUACUCGGGAAUUCGGGUUUCCCUGCCCAACGCAGAAAGUGCAUUAUCACGGAUGGCAGCUUUGAGCAGUGGUCCCUUGUCUUCACCACAUACUCCUGAUACUGCUAUGCCCAAACAUCAUCAUACACAAUGGAGAGCAGAGUCACCAACAAUAACAUCUCCACGAUCAAAAAUUCCAAGGCAAUCUCCAUCAUUGUCACAAACUUUACCUCAAAGUGAUAGUUUUACACCCACUGGUGCUUCAAACAUGAGCGAUGUGUACUUUCCACUGAGUACAUCACAAGAAUCUCAUAAUCAAAGUGGUAUUGACACUUCUAAUUCAAUGUUUGACACUGACAUCAAGAUGCAUGGUCAGAUUUCAAGUGCAAUGCCUGGGACUCCAAGUUCUGGGACCAGUGAUAGCUGUCAAGCUGCCCCUGUACCAAUCUCUGGGCCCAUUCCCUCUGGGGCCAUGUCACCAGUUAGUGGUUUCGGUAUGCCAUUCGGAUCGUUACAACAAGAGGGUCCUGAUGGAAAGGAAGGUCACCCAUUCCAGCCUCUCAGACUGGGAAGUACAAAAUGGCCGCCUGGGAAUAGUUCCAUGACAUCAAAACACAUAUAUAAAAGAUCCCACACAGGAAUCAUGUGCUCAGUUUGUGGCAAGCCAUUUGCCAGUAAGAGUGCUUUAAAAAUUCACUCUCGGAGUCAUACUGGAGAGAACCCCUUUUCGUGUCAAUAUUGUCAUCGCACUUUUAGGCAUAAACAGAAUCGAGAUGUGCACCAGUUCAAGCAUAUGUAGAAACUGUCAUCUUUGUCACAGUGGCAGUGAUAAUGUUGGAAGACAUUGUCUGGUACGUGUAGGAAGUUCCAAAUGGGAAGUUAAAAACCAGAGCCGCAUGGUUAUGAUGGUGAAAAUCUAUUUUCGUGAUUUUCAAAAUCUCAUGCACACAAGUUUACAGGUUUGAUUCUAUUGCUGUUCUCUGUGACAAACGAUUGUACCUGCAGACAAGCAGUACAUGUACAUGUUUAGUUGAAAUAGUAAUAAAGAUGUGUUAUAAUGUUGUCUUUGCUGUUGAUGUGAUUUACAUAGCCUUCAAUGGCAUCCCCAACUCAAUUUCAAACCAUUUUGUUUCACUUCAAUUCAUUGUGGUGAUCACUUUAGGCAGGGGUACAACUUCUUCAGGAUUUUUCCCAUCCCAAAUUUUGGAAAACCAGCAGCCGGUUUAAUGUGAAAUGCAUUUUUGCAUUAUUGACCUGAUGACCUUAAUAAAUACACUCUUAUAAACGCUCUGCAAUUACCAUUAUGGACUGUGAGUUGUAGAUUUUGAGUAAACAUUGGUUUCGUUUUG